UUCUUAUAAAAACAAAUAAAAACAAAAAAAAAAUUUUGUAAAAAAUAUAAGAUAAAAUUAUUGUUAUCAAUAAUAUAAGCCAACAGUAUUUAAAAUACAUAUACAUAUAUAUAAAAAACAACAGAGUAUAUCAACAAAAAUUUGAAAAUUCAACAUUAUCCGCAAUAUUAGCCAAAACUAUAUUAGAGACUUAGUGCAAAUUAAAAUAAAAAAGAAACAAAUUAGCAUAAUGAAAUCAUUUUGUGUUGUUGCAUUUUUGGCUAUUUUUAUUGGAUAUAGUUUUGGUAUUCCAACAAAAGUUCAUGGAUAUGACGAAUACAUGUUGCAAAAUAACUUAAAACAGCUUAAUCAGAAUGAGGCUGACAGAUUAAUGGCAUACCAACGUUUAUUGGAAGAAGGGCGACAAAUUGGCAACAAAAUCAAAAUUAUGACAAAUCAUUUACAGAGGAACAUGAUCAAUAAAAGAAAUUUUGAUGAAAUUGAUCGAGCUGGUUUUACAAAUGUCAAAAGAAAUUUCGAUGAAAUUGAUAGAGCUGGUUUUAAUUUUGUUAAAAAGGAUUUCGAUGAAAUUGAUGCUGCAGGAUUUAGAUAAAAAACUUGAAUAUCCAGUAAUAAAAUGAAAUAAAUAAUAUUUUAUUAAAAUAUAUAUACAAAUUAUAUUAUAAUAUAAAAGUAGGAAAGAGUUUUAUUCAUUCAUUAUUAAAUCUAGUUAUAGAUCUGAAAAUAUGUAAAAAACAAAA